AUGGAUGACGAUGAUGCCAAGUACAUGCAAGGCAGCGAUGACGAGGACUACAGCUUCGAUUAUUCUGAUGACGAUGCAGGCGAUGAAGCCGGCAGCGCCGAUGUCGAGAACAUGUACUAUACUGCCAAGUCAAAGAAGGAGGAUAAUCCGGAACAAGCCUUAAAGGAAUUCCGCGCUAUAGGGGACUGGGGAUUCAAAGCGCUCAAGCAAUUAACAAAGCUUCUCUUCCUGACACUACACAGACCAAACGACGCGCUCAAUACCUAUCGACAGCUGCUCACGUACACAAAGUCCACUGUCACACGAAACUAUGCCGAGAAAACCAUCAACGGUAUCCUGGACUACGUUGGUGGCAGUAAGGGAGGACCAGUGGGUGAUGAGGUAUUGGAAAAGUUCUACCAAGCCACGAAGACUGCGCUGUUGGAGGUGAAGAAUGAGAGGCUCAACGCGAAGACGAAUCUCAAGCUCGCAAAGCUUUGGCUUGAUCGCAAGCAGUACGGUCGCCUAGCGCAGGUCCUCAAAGAGUUGCAUAAAAUGACUCCCAACGGUGAUGGGGAAGAUAUGGCACAGAAAGGUACUCAACUACUUGAGAUCUACGCGCUCGAGAUCCAGAUGCACAAUGAGACGAAGAACUUCAAGAAUUUAAAGGAAAUCUACAAUGCAUCGAACUCUGUCCGCUCCGCCAUUCCUCACCCGCGUAUCAUGGGGGUCAUCAAAGAAUGUGGCGGCAAGAUGUGGAUGGGUGAACGCCAAUGGAACAGUGCGAGCGAAGACUUCUUUGAAUCAUUCAAGAACUACAACGAAGCCGGAUCCCCGCAGCAUAUUCAAGUGCUCAAGUAUCUCGUCCUCGUGAACAUGCUCACGGGAAGUGAGGUGAAUCCAUUCGACAGCCAAGAAACGAAGCCAUACAAGAACGAUCCACAGGUCAAGGCGAUGACAGACCUCAUUGAUGCGUAUCAACGGCGAGAAGUGCAUGCCGCUGAAAAGAUUCUGCACGGUAAGAUGUCUCAUCCCCUGGUCGCAGGUCAUUUUAAUGACAUCCUUCAAGACAAUGAGUCAACAAUCAUGGGCGAUCCCUUCAUCAAGGCGUACAUUGGUGAAUUGCUACGCAGCUUGCGCACACAGUACCUUAUCGACCUGAUCAAAUUGUACACGCGUCUCGAGCUCUCUUUCCUCGCGAAGCAACUCAACGUUGACAAAGACGAGGUCGAGGAUCUCCUCAUUGGGCUAAUCCUCAAGGGCAAGGUAGAAGGAAAGAUUGAUCAAGUCGCGAUGCGGCUUGAGCUCGAGAAUAAACAGAGUCUCGAGAAGAAAUGUUAUGCAGCACUCGACACACGUCUGUGGUCGCCAAGAACCAGAGCGGAAACAAGGAAACGGACUUUGGCAUGGGUGCAAAUCCGUUCGGAUCCAGUAUUCGAGAGCUGGAAGGGAGGUGGUAGAGGACCAGACCUGCUGUCUGUUAUUGACCAUCCGUGUACUCGAUUGUCAUACAUUCUCAUUCUCAUGCAAUCGCUGCCAUGUCUCAUGCGAUCUUGGCAGGUUAUGUUGUGCGUGAGUUGAAUUAUGGGGCAACAUCAUAUGUUACAGAGUGAGACCCUGGGGAAGCCAGUGUUGGCAACACAUACACGCCGAUGAGCAUGCAUCCUCCCAUAUAAAAUUAUGCGCGUCAUGGAAUGAUGGGCUUCCAAUCAUAAUUUCAGCCAUCCCGUGACUGCGUGUCCGUCGGUAUACGCAACUCUCUGGGAAACAGUCCCCUCACCCUCGCCUCUAACGUCUUCCUCUCUGAGAUCCUUAAUGUCUUUGCAAAAUCUGUCUCCUUCCUCGUCCACACACACAGGUCCUCCUCCUUGCUCGCCUCUGCAUAUAAGUUCGGACUGAUCUUCAUCAGCACCUCCAUCGCAUGCUGGCAUGCAGCAAAACUUUCUCUCCAGCUCGGCCUGCCGCUGUCAUCGGAUGUGUCGUUUGUGG